UGGGUGCUCGCAAACGAAUACAUGUACAUUUUUGUACCAAGUUGAAGUUGUCACAAAAAGUAUCCAUUCAAAGUGGCUGCUUCGCGCGUCCAACAUUGCAUCGUCUCACAAGUCUCCAAAAAACAUUAGUUCGCGUCAACCAAGACAAGUCUCACUUCACAUUUUACCUCACAACCAUCAAUUCACAUUAAUCGAACAUGCCCAUUCCCCGCAACGACUUCCUCGUGUUGUGGAAACUCUCCAGAUCUGGCGACGAGGUCAAAAUCCAAGACGAAAUCGAGCAGUCAGACGCUGUAGCACGCAAUUUGGUGAACUUCAAGCAUCACCGCAAGGGCACCACGCCGCUCAUGGAGGCUGCUGCUUGCAGGGGCGGCGAACCGGUUGUAGCCAAGCUCAUUGCAGCCGGCGCUGACGUCAACGACGUCGACGAUACCAAGGUCAAGAACACUGCACUGCACUACGCUGCAAUGACCAACCGAGACCCAUUAACUACCGAGACGCUGUUGGAGGCAGGAGCAGACGCCUUUGCCGUCAAUCGCAAGGGCUUCACGCCACUGGACGUCGCCCGCCAAAACGGCCGCAAGGCAGUCGGCGCUGUGCUAAUGGACCACAUGAAAGUGCACGCUGGUUGGCUGUACUUGCGUGGCAAGUUUCGCUGGAAAAGACGCUGGGCAGUAGUGGUGGCUUGCAACAAACAGCGCACCUCCACUGAGCUCUGUAUCUUCCGUCGACAGGGUAAUUUGCGUCCGGAUUUAGUGAUGCUCAUCGACGAAUCAGCACGAGUGGCACAUUUCCCAUCGACAGACAGCUACUCGUGGCUUAAGCGCGACAAUGCCUUUGUCUUCGACAAACCUGUCAUGUGUCACCGCAUUAAGGGGCAGAAGUUCACACGCGCGCCUAUUUGCAGGAAAACCAUGAGUCUGGAUGACGUGCAGACGCUCCACUACGUAUUCGCCGCAGACACGUUGAACAACCUGGCUCAAUGGCGCCGCGUGCUGCAGAGCUCCAACUUCUGCUCGCGUGAGAGUCGAUCAUCGUUGUAUCGGACAUCGCUAGUCGACACGCAGAAUGGAGAACUGUACUACUGGCCGCACGAACUGGUCGAGAAUUUGCGCAGCUCGAUCUUGAGAGAGCAGGAACAACAAAGAGAAGAAGCUAACGACCCACUAUACCAGCGUCUUCGCGCAACACUCGAGCAGCGCCAAGCAGAGCCUGCUCCGGCAGCUCAACAAGCCCCGCAACCGCCACGAACCCCAACACAGCCUCCUCCAUCGUACGAGGAAUCAGUCGAUGAGCUGCCGCCUAACUUUCAGAGGCGAGCUACACCUGCUCAACAUGUUGACCAGUCCAGGGCCGUAGAUAAUCGCGAUCGAAGCCGAGUUCACUUUACACCCACCCAGCCAGUCAAGUACGUCGAAGUGCCGUUGGCAGCACAGCACCCGUACAUCGAUGGGCAGGAGACCAACUCGAGUGUCAGUAUCGUCACCGGAAGCGAGUUUGAUACCGCCGGUCCCGAGUUUGCCACCGGGAUCAUGCUAUUAACCGAUAGUGAGUCGCAUGCAUCUCAGCCCCAGCAAAGUUCAAAUCAGGAACAGGAGAACGACGACAGAGCAAAAGAAAUUGAGCCACAAAACCAACAAGAAGAGUCACCGCAACCUACUGAAGAUUCUGGUGAGCAAGAGCAGCAGUCUUCCGAGUCCGAGCCCGAUCUAUGCGGAAUCUGCGAUGUGGCACGACGAAAUGGUAUUUGCACGCCAUGCGGACACCAAGCCGGCUGCACCGGUUGCCUCAAGACUAUCAUGCGCACGUCAAAGGGGGGCUGUCCGACGUGCCACAUGCCCGUGCGUUCGGUGCUGAAGGUACACGACUAAGGUAUUGCUGUGGUAGUAGCAAGAAGAUAAACUUACCAACGGAAGGAUAGUUCUAUUGAAGUACGUGGAAGUUAGUGUAAACAGUUUUUAUGCGAAUCUAAUAAGUUACCAUAGUAUACCACGACAUCAUCUU